AUGUAUGACAAUAAUGAAGAUGAUAAUGAUGAUGAUGAUUUGGAUGCUACUGCUGCUGCUGAUGAUGAUGAUGGUGAUGAUGCUUUGGAUGAUGAUGGUUUGGAUGCUGCUGCUGAUGAUGAUGAUGCUUUGGAUGAUGAUUUGGAUGCUGCUGCUGCUGCUGAUGAUGAUGAUGCUUUGGAUGAUGAUGAUGAUGCUUUGGAUGAUGAUGAAGAUAACGAUGACGAUGACGAUAAUCGAUGCUGUAUUUAA